CUCUCAGCUUGGGCUGGUCUUUGCAGCUUUAAGAGCCUCGCGCGGCCUGGAGGGUCUUCCGCGGACGCCCCCGCCCUCCGCGCCUCAGCAUUUUUGGGGUGGGCCCUCGCGGCCCUUCUCAGCGAGGCACCUUCCUCCUACUCUGGGCUGAAUCCGCCCCCCAACGAGUCCUGGACUCCCUGGGGGGCCCCUUGACGGGGGAGUUUACAGUGACCACCUGCCUCUUCAUCUCAGCCAGUGGGGCGAAAGAAGGGGAGGUCUGCCUCUCUCCCUACCUCCUUGAGGCAGCGGGGGGGCCAAUAUGGCGGCCUCCAAGGAGGAGGGGCCAGGAGCACGCGCCAGAGUGAGUGGGCGGGACCAAGUGCCAGUUUGAAGACAAACCCGAUGCAAUUUUUGGAAGCCUCGGAGAAAAACGUUCUGACCUUGUCCAUACAGAAAUGGCUGAGAAAACUGUCCACCGUCUAACCCCUGCCUUUGACAGCAUCUCCUACAGAAUGCAGAACCGGACAGGCUCUACAAACUCGCUGCUGGAUGAUAGUGAUUUCUUCUUGAACUCUGGGGAUCUUACAGGGAUUCCUGUUGUUGGGAGCGAUAACGAGGAUGAGCAGAACUUCACCCCAAAGGAUGGUCUCCCUUCUGCCAUUCGCCCCGACGACAGCCGGGGAGAUGGGAGGAGGGUUCGGGAUCUCGCCAUGGACAAUGAGAAAGACUUGCAGAUGCAAAACCUGAUUCAGAAAGACCUCUCUUCGCCUUUUGAUAAAGGACCCCCUGUAUUUAAGCCUAUUCGGAAAGAUUUCAGCCUAGCAAGAGAUGAUGGUAAGGAAGUUUUUUUGUCAAAGGAGAAAACCAGAGAAGGACCUUUCCAAGAGCGGGAUAAACGCUUGGAGAAAGUGCCGAAGGAGCUGGAUUCAAGGUUGAAAAGCAGUUUCCUUGAUAAAUCAAUUUCUAAUCAAGUAGAAGAAACGUUACGGACACAAUUAGCACCACAAACACCAGACACUAAUUUCAGGGAGUCAAGCUACCCAUUUGCUAACAAGGAAUCCGUUGGUCAAGAUCUGGGGAAUUCCUAUGUACCAAAUAUCCGAAUAAAAGAAGAGCCUUUGGAUAAUGACUAUGACAAGGCAUUGGCACCUCAGCAGGGACUGCUGAACAAAAUUAAGGAUGAACCGGAGAAUACUGAGGAAUACGGCCAGCAACCAAAAACUCAGGAUGGGGAGCUGAAGAUCAGUGCUGUGUUUUCAGUCAGUGGUAGCCCUCUUGCUCCACAGCUGACAUCGAGUUUCCCGCCUAAUGCCCCUCCCUCUGGCAUGAACAAACUGCUUCCUUCGGUCCCAAGUACGACAGUUCGGGUUUCCUGUUCAGGCUGUAAAAAGAUCCUCCAGAAGGGGCAAACUGCUUACCAGAGGAAAGGUUCCACUCAGCUCUUCUGUUCCACACUGUGCCUGACUGGAUACACUGUUCCAGCCACCCGACCACCAGCUUCUACCAAGAAAACCUGUUCCAGCUGCUCAAAAGAGAUUCUUAAUCCAAAGGAUGUGAUCACCGCUCAGUUUGACAACACAAAUUCCAGCAAGGAUUUCUGCAGUCAGUCUUGUCUUUCCAUGUAUGAGCUGAAAAGGAAACCUGUUGUUACCAUCCACACGAACAGCAUUUCCACCAAGUGCAGCAUGUGCCAGAAGAAUGCAGUGAUUCGGCAUGAAGUGAACUAUCAGAACGUUGUGCACAAGCUUUGCAGCGACGCCUGCUUCUCCAGGUUCCGCUCAGCUAACAACUUGACCAUGAACUGCUGUGAAAACUGUGGGGGCUACUGUUACAGCGCUUCGGGGCAGUGCCACAUGCUUCAGAUAGAAGGACAGUCCAAGAAGUUUUGCAGCUCGACAUGCGUCACUGCAUACAAACAGAAGUCAGCAAAAAUCACUCCCUGCGCACUGUGUAAAUCUCUGAGGUCUUCGGCAGAAAUGAUUGAAAGCACAAACAACGUUGGGAAAACGGAGCUGUUUUGCUCAGUGAACUGUCUCUCUGCUCACAGGGUCAAAAUGGUCACAUCUUCAGGUGUCCAGGUCCAGUGUAACAGCUGUAAGACCUCAGCCAUCCCUCAGUAUCACCUAGCUAUGUCUGAUGGGAGCAUACGCAACUUUUGCAGUUACAGCUGUGUGGUAGCUUUCCAGAACUUGUUCAACAAGCCUGCGGGAAUGAACUCCUCGGUGGUGCCCUUGUCGCAGGGCCAGGUGAUUGUCAGUAUCCCCUCGGGACCAACAGUUUCAGCAGCGGGCAGCACUACCUCAACCGUCUCCCCCAGCUCUGUGAGCAGCUCAGCCGCAGCCGGGCUCCAAAGACUCGCCGCCCAGUCCCAGCAAGUCACCUUUGCCCGCACAGUUGCCAAACUCAAGUGUCAACACUGUAACCGCCUUUUUGCAACCAAGCCUGAACUGCUUGAUUACAGGGGCAAAAUGUUCCAGUUCUGCGGAAAGACCUGCUGCGACGAGUACAAGAAGAUGAACAGCGUCAUGUUGAUGUGUGAAUACUGUAAGAUUGAGAAGAUUAUCAAAGAGACGGUGCGGUUCUCGGGCAUCGACAAGUCGUUCUGUAGUGAGGGCUGCAAACUGCUAUAUAAGCACGACUUGGCCAAACGUUGGGGGAACCACUGUAAGAUGUGCAGCUACUGUUUGCAGACAUCACCCAAGUUGGUUCAGAAUCACUUUGGGGGCAAAGUGGAGGAGUUCUGCUCAGAAGACUGCAUGUCAAAAUUCACAGUUUUAUUCUAUCAGAUGUCCAAAUGUGAUGGCUGCAAAAGGCAGGGGAAGCUUGGCGAGUCCCUGAAAUGGCGAGGGGAAAUCAAGCACUUCUGCAACUUGCUUUGCAUCCUCAUGUUUUGCAAUCAGCAGUGUGCAUCUGACCCACCUCCACCCCCACCGCCUCUGCCGCCCGCACCCUCCCAGAACAACACAGCAAAUCUUUCCAUGACGCCAGCAUCCUCGGCAGGCCCUCCUCCCUCUCUCAGGAAGGAUUCCACCCCAGUUAUCGCCAAUGUGGUUUCCCUCGCCAGCGCACCAGCUGCCCAGCCCACAGCAAAUUCCCAUAAUGUGUUGCAAGGUGCCGUUCCUACUGUAACAGCAAAGAUCAUUGGAGAUGCCAGUACCCAGACAGAUGCUCUGAAGCUGCCCCCUUCACAGCCUCCCCGGCUUCUGAAGAACAAAGCUUUGCUGUGCAAACCCAUAACGCAGACGAAGGCCACUUCUUGCAAGCCCCAUACGCAGCACAAGGAGUGCCAGACAGAAGAGGAGGAGGAAGUCCCACCUAAGGUCCUUAUGGUGCCUGUUCCUGUACCAGUGUUUGUGCCAGUUCCUCUUCAUCUGUUUACCCAAUACACACCAUAUCCGCUGGGACUGCCAAUACCUGUUCCUGUUCCCAUGUUUGUACCUCCUGGUCCCGAGAAUGCUAGCAAGGCAAUAGAAUCCAUUCCAGACAUCAAGGAGAAGAACUCUGGCAACGCCUUUGAAGCGGAUCUCCUCCAGAUGGCAGAAAUGAUUGCAGAAGACGAGAAGGAUAAGGAACACUCUCGAGGAGGCUCCCAGACCUCUGACCAUGAGCUGUUCUUGGACCCUAAGAUAUUUGAAAAAGACCAAGGCAGCACCUACAGCGGCGAUUUGGAAUCUGAAGCUGUGUCGACCCCUCACAGUUGGGAAGAUGAGCUGAACCACUAUGCCUUACGCUCAAACACAGUGCCGGAACCGGAGCCGGAGCCAAGGCAGUUCUCCAAAGGGGAGCUGGAGCAGGACUUGGAGGCUGACUUCCCUGCAGACUCCUUUGACCCAAUCAGCAAAGGGCUAGGUCUCCAUUCACGUGCACGAGCAAGACGGAGACACAGAGAUGGUUUUCCUCAACCCAAAAGAAGGGGGAGGAAGAAGUCUAUAGUCUCUGUGGAGCCCCGGAUGCUGGUGCAGAGCUCUUACCCCAGCUGUUCUGUUUCCGGGAUGAGUCUGAAGUACAUGUAUGGGGUGAAUGCCUGGAAGAACUGGGUCCAGUGGAAAAACACGCAGGAAGACCAAGGAGAUCUGAAAUUUGGAGUUCGGCCUGUGAAGCUCAAAGAAGACAUCCUGACCUGUUCUUUUUCGGAGCUGAGUUUUGGCUUGUGCCAGUUUAUACAGGAGGUGCGGCGACCAAAUGGUGAAAAGUAUGAUCCCGACAGCAUUUUGUACCUGUGCCUUGGAAUUCAGCAGUACCUGUUUGAAAAUGGCAGGAUAGACAACAUUUUCACCGAGCCCUACUCCAGGUUUAUGAUCGAGCUCACAAAGUUGUUAAAAAUCUGGGAGCCUACAAUACUUCCAAGCGGUUACAUGUUCUCAAGAAUUGAAGAGGAGCAUUUAUGGGAGUGCAAGCAGCUGGGCGCCUAUUCCCCUAUCGUUCUCCUGAACACCCUGCUUUUCUUCAACACCAAAUACUUCCAGCUAAAGAACGUCAGCGAGCACAUGAAGCUGUCAUUUGCGCACGUCAUGCGACGCACCCGGACUCUGAAGUACAACACUAAGCUGACUUAUCUACGCUUCUUCCCUCCUUUCCAAAAGCAGGAGAUAGAAUCAGAUAAAUUAGUAGGCAAAAGAAAACGCCACGAGGGUGAAGAGGUCCCAACAGCCGUGGAGAUGGUUGAGAACACUGACAACCCCUUGAGAUGUCCAGUCCGGCUGUAUGAAUUUUACUUGUCAAAAUGUUCCGAAAGCGUGAAGCAGAGAAGCGACGUCUUUUACCUCCAACCGGAGCGUUCAUGCGUCCCCAAUAGCCCUAUGUGGUACUCCACUAUGCCAAUAGACCCGGGAACUUUGGACAUCAUGCUAACGCGCAUCCUUAUGGUCAGGGAGGUACAUGAAGAGCUUGCCAAAGUCAAACCGGAGGACUCUGAUCCUGAACUUUCAGACUAAAGAUGAGAGGAGGAGGAAGGUGGCAUUCCCUCUUUUUUUGUGGUUUUUAUUUUUUAUUCCUUACCCUGUCCAGUAGCAACUUUCGAAAGCACCAAACUGUGAAACCUUUGGGAAAUAUUCUCUGUCUCGUUGCACCGACCAGAAACUUCUCGGGAGGUGCUGUGUGAGCCAUAACGGAAAGCAAACUAGAAUCUCAAAGGACAGAAACAUAGCAAGAAGGCGCAAGAAACUGAAGUCUGCAUAAAAGGAUGGGGAUCGGUCCUGAAACACACUCUUUGAGAUGAACUUUGUACCUGAUCCUUCCCCCCACUUCCCCCCCCCCCAACCCACCGUGGUGCUUGUUUUGGGAUAAAAACCGAUUAUGGAUUUUUUUUCCUUAAAAGGAAACCUGUUGUGUAUAUCCUCUUCCCUAUAACCAUGGAAGCAAAGAGAGCUAGAGUCAACUUGGGCUGGUUUUUGUAGCCUGUCUGCUGGUGACACAUUUGUGGAGUUUACAAGAUAAUUUUCCAUAUGGUUCAAGGCAGUGUGGUAAGGUGCAAACCGGUGGAAACACUGUCUCUGACACAAACACACCCCAGUUUCCUUCCCUUCCUCCCUUUUUAUUUUUAUUUUAAUUUUGAAUUGAUGUUCAGUAAGGCUGACUCAGCCAGAAGCUGGAAGGAAGGAGGGCAAGAAUUUUGUGUCCUAGGGGAGAACUUGGCAAGGAUCCUGCCAAAUCCCCAUUCUUUUUAAACAGUGACUCUGUUGGGGCUUUUCACUGGGCAGCUGCUGCGAGCCAAGCCAAAUUGUUUUAUUAGAAGGCCAGUAAUUUCAAAGUGUAUACACAAAAACAGUUAGCCACCAAAUUCCCUCCUCUUCACCUCCCCUGCCCCACUACCCCACGCCAAGGUGCACACACACAUGGUUCAAGGUGUCCUUUUUCUCACGGGCUGCAUAAAUCCUCUCUCUGUCCUGUCUGAAAUUCUUUCUUAAUAUCUAUACACUGCUGCUCUGGACGGAAGGGCCCUUCUGGCUUUUGCCGACGUUUAAGUUCUCUUUUUAUUUGAAAAGACUAUUGUUCCUCUCUCCCUCCCCCUUUCUCUCUAUCCAUGCUAUUUGCCCUCCAAAGAAAAAACUUCUGAUGGCGUGGCUGUUACCCCUCCCUCCCUCCUACCCCCUGUAUUCCUCUCCCCAGAUGGAAAUCCCCUCACCUGGUUCCUCACCAGGUUAAAUCAGUUCCACCAUGGUCUCAAAUAUAAGUUUGGGUUUUUUAAUACCUCAGUGACAACUUGUAAGUUUGGACUAUUUUUAAAAGCAGAGAGAACUGUAUAUACUGGCAGUUUUGUCCAAGCAUCAAAUUUCUAAAACAGAGUUCUGUUUUUUUCUUAAGAACCAAACCCCUCUCUGGCUGAAAAUCUCAACAGUUUUGAACAAAACCUCCUUUUUUGUGUGUGUCCGUGCGUGCGUGUGCACAUUUGAGGUUUUCUUUUUAGCAGUAACGACAGUAACAAUAAAAGCAGAGCAUAAUAGAGUUUCUCUUGCCCUUGUGUCCUUGGUAGUACUGUUCCUGCCUGUAAUUAAAAUCACUAAUGUGUUUUUAAAGUACAGAACGUUGUAUGAAAUAAGGUUGGGGGGUGUUUUUGGUAUCCCCAUCCCUACAUUUGAUUUCUGUACAAUUUGUCUCUUUCUUCCCACUCCACCCUGAUGUCUGAUUUCUGAACACAGAUCCCGUUUAAUUUUAUAUCCUGAGUGAAAAAAUAACUUGAAAAAGAGAGGAGGAAGAGUUGAAACCGGGCCAUGAACUCUCCAGCAAACAUCUUAGAUUUUGAAGUCCACUAAUUUUUUUCCUAAGUGUUUUUAAUGCUAAUUUCCCCCCAACUCCCCUUUUCCUUCCCUUCCCAUUAUAGCUGUAUGAAUAUGUAGCUGAAUAGCAAACACACUGUUACUGGUUUUUGACAGCAAAUAUGGUUUUCUUGAAGUUUAAAAGAAAGUCCUUCACAAUUUUUUUUCUAAACCCAAUUUUUUUUUUAACAACAGAUAAGAUCCAUUUAUUGUACGGCUAUUAAAAAAGAGAAAAAUUUUAAAAAGUGGUGUCUUGGUUGCAUGUAAGUUUGCCCAGAGUCCUUAUACUAAUCUGUAAUUGAGAAAGCCCACAGUAGGUGGGGAAUUCCUCAGAAGUGCAGCUAUUUAUGUCUGUCAGAUUGUUUCUUUAUUUUUUUCUUAGAAAUUGUGUGAAUUAAUUUUUUCUUCUUCAGGGAAUUAAUAAGCAAGGGAACGAUCCAAACCAUCUUGUUGAAUUCUUAAAUGAAAAAAAAAACUUUUCGUGGGUUUUCCCUUGAUAGAAGUUAACAGACAGAUUCCCGUAGAAUAAAGCAGUAUAUUUGUAUAUGA